UUGAAAAUCCAGCAUAUCCAGCAAAUCCUAGUUAACUCACUGUACUAAAGACGUAUUUAUUGAAAAAAAAGAUGAAACCGUGCGAUGAUGGACAAGUCAUCAGAGCACAAUCACUAUAAUCCAGAAAUUGGCGUUUGGCGCGCAGCGCACUUUCCACAGCGCAUGACGUCAGCGCGUGGCCGCGGCCAAUGGCGUGACGGUGUCACUCCCCUGUCCCCGCACAUUCCUCCGCGCCGGCGCGUGCGCGUCGGGUCUUCUUUGAGUUUUGUUAUUAUUUGAUCUGCGAUUGUUUUUGUUUAUGGUUGCGGUUUCUGAGCUCCAUCUUCGUCGACGUGACGGUAUUAUUCAAACACGCGAGACGAACGGAUCCUCCGACCUGUUUACUGCGUACAUUAAUUUUAUUUUAUACAUUUUCACACUAUGCAAUAAUUACCGUUAUUCAUCUAACCAUUUUUGGCUUUGGUGAAGUGACGGGCACAAGAAGUUGCUGCAGAUACAACGUGAAGCACGCCAUGGCGGCUGCAGCUCUCUCGGAAAGUAACGAUCACCCUCCGCCUGGCGCGGUGGAGCUGCGCGAGGACGUGCCGCUGCAGGGCGGCGGCGAGGGACGGGCGGGAUGUGCGGGGCCGCGCCUCAUCGCCGCCGCCUUCGCUGCGCUUUCUGUCGCCGUCGCGCUGGCCCUGCUCACCCAGAUAUACUAUGGAGACUAUGAAGUGGUGCCGCACGGCUCUGUGUCGGCCUCAGUGCCGGCGUGCUCGUCGUGCGGCGCGCACGUGCUGCGUGCGGGGGGGGGCGCGCUGGACGCCGCUGUCGCCGCCGCGCUCUGCCUCGCCGCCGCCGCGCCGCACCGCCUCGCCGCACUCGACGCGAGCGGGUCGUUGCUGUACUGGGACUACCGGCGCGAGCACGAGGCGGCGCCCACGCUGGCGGAGUGGGGCGCGGCGGGCGCGGCGGGCGCGGGGGGCGCGGCGGGCGAGGACCCGGCGGUGCGCGCCUGGGACACAGACCCGGCCCGCCCGCCGCGCCUGCUAGCGGCGCUGGCCGCCCUGCACGCGCAGCUCGGCCUUCUGCCCUGGUCGCGUCUGCUGCAGCCCGCCAUAGACUACGCCGAGAGCGUAGGAACAAAUGCACCAACGUCGGUGACUGAGGCACCUGGCGGCGGCGCGGCACCUGAGCUGUGUGCGGUGUGGCGCUGUGCGGCGCUGCUGCGUGCGGGGCCCGCGCCCUCGCUGCCGGCCCCCGGCUGGCGCGCGUACUCCGGCACCGCCGCAGCCCCCGCCCUCCGCCUGGCGCUCGCCCGCCCCGGCCCCGGCCCCCGCCCCGGCCCCGGCCCCGCUCUCAGCGCUGGCUUGUUGGCGGGGGGUGCGGGGGGCGCGCGGACCGCCGUCGCCACCGGGCUGGCGGUGGCGGACCCGCGAGGUGCAUACGUCGCGCUCGUCACGGCGGGCGCGGGGGGCUGGCGGCGCGACCCGGCCGGCCCGGCGCUGGACCUGGCGCCGGCGCUCAUCGCAGACCAGCUCGUGUGCGGGUCGCGGUACGUGAUAGGUGCGGGCUCCUCGGCGGCGCUGGCGGACACUGCGCGCGCGCUGGCCGCCGGCGCCUCGCCCGCCGCCGCAGUCGAGGCCGCCAGGAGCCCGGCGGGGGGCGCGGGGGGUGCGGGGGGCGCGCCCGAGGCCGCCGUCAACGUGGUGCUGCAGCGCGGGGACGCGCUCGCGGCGCACGCCGACAGCCGCGCCGGGGGGCUCGCCGCGCGCUUCUAG